AUGAGAACCACCCGAUGCGCCCUGGAGAACCACCCGAAGCUCAAGGCCCACGCCAUGACCGUCUUCGUCAUGGCGUGCGAGUCUGCGACUGCGACACAGCUGAGAAACACCGGCGAUGUGAAGGUGAGGGAGGCCACCCUGAAACGGCUGGGCGCGACUCACGUCAAGGCCGGCGUCGCCAACGCGCAUUUCGAGGUUGUGAAGACGGCGCUGCUGGACAUCAUCAAGGGCGCCGUUCCGGAGAUGAAGGCCGCGUGGGAGGAGGCCUACGAUCAGCUGGACGCGCCCAUCAAGGCGGAGAUGAAAAACGCCGCUUCAGCUUGA